GCAUCAUCGACGGGCACACUAAUUUUCAGUUGUGAUGUGGGAAGCAAAACAUUAUUAUUUUUGUCGUUUUUAUUUUUUGAUUAUAUAGAAAAAGUUCCCGAUCGGUGGAGAACAUGUGAAAGAGGGAAAGUAACGCAACUUCCCUAUCAGACUAUGUUGAACGGGCUGCUAUCGCCGCCAGAAAAUUGAAAUUUUGAACCGCAUUGGAUAUAACCUGAACGCGCAAACCAAAAGCAAUAAAACGCCAAUUGAAGCAUUUAUAUUUAGAUUGUUAAAGUCAACCAGAGUAACACAUACUCGCCUCCCGCAUCCCACAUCCCACUAAGCAAAACUAACCAAGAAACGCAUUCCAAUUAGUAGCCGCAGGCAGCACCUUUCUGCCUGUAUAGUCGAUAAGUGUACUACGUCCACCAGCAGAGAAAAUGGCACCGACGACCACGAUCGAGACCAUCACAAUCACCCGGCCACUAAAGGUGAUUGCAUUUAUCUGCGGCGUCAUCGUGGUGGUGCUGAUGAUCAUGGCCCUGGCAUCCACAGACUGGCUGAUGGCCGCCGACUGGCGGCAAGGCCUCUUUGUGCACUGCAUCGAGGACGAUUCGGUGGCUCCCUUGCCGUUUAACAUUCAGGAUCCACCAGGAUGCUACUGGACUCGCGAUAUAGGAUAUAUCAAGGCCACAGCAGCUCUAUGCAUCAUCACGCUGGUAACGGAUGUCAUUGCCACAGUACUGACCGGUCUGGGCCUCAAAACGCAGAAUCACAAUCUAAAGUAUAAGUUUUAUCGCAUAGCGGUACUGGUUAUGCUCGUGUCCUUGCUGGCCGUGCUCUCUGCUUUGAUCGUAUAUCCUGUAUGCUUUGCCGGCGAGCUCUCAUUGGGCAAUCGAAGAGUAUGGGAAUUCGGUUGGGCUUAUGGCGUCGGCUGGGGAGCAGCCAUCUUCCUGUUCGGGGCCGUGGUCCUGCUUCUCUGCGAUAAGGAAUCGGAGGAGAUCUACUAUAAGGAGAGGAAGAUCGUACAUGAAAACCAAAUGCGCGCCUAGGCAAGGCCGCACGACCUGCCUGACGUCGUUCUCUAGACCUAAGUAUAUAGCAGCCAACCAACAGCAACACACACAGACACAUAGAUUUCGACUCAAAUCAGACUCUAGAAAAGAAGCAAUUUGCAGCUAAACGAAUGUGUUAUAAUUAUGAUUGUGUAUAUCAUGACCAUUUAAAACCAAAAAAUAAUCCGUAGCCAUCAGCCACCCCUCCCACCUUCUCAUAGUACUCGGCAUUUGUUUAGAUGAGGUUUCCCCCCAAUGAGUUUGUAUUUUGUAUCGUUUCGAAAAGGUAAUCGUAAGCAGAUCAACCCAGAUCAAACACACGACCCCCAUCUAUCUAUCAUGUAGUCAGCCGGUCAGUCGUCAGUCGUCAGUCAGUCACAUAUACAUACGUCUAGGAAUUCUGAAAGCUAAUCGCAUUAACCACCACAAACAUAUAUACAUAAAAUUGCAUGUCCAAUGAGUUCAACCCAACAUUGUAGCGGAUGUUUAGGGCUUUCUUUUUGGUAGAAACCUGAGGCAACAUACUUGGCCUUCCAGGUUGAAUUAGAACUCUUACAAUAUCGUACUCACACUCAGCCACAUAUACAUAGCAAUGUACUCAUCAUGUAAUCUCCCACUUAUCGAAUCCAAAUUAGAAUCUUAUGUGUAUGUAAACGAAGGACUAAGGUCAUCAUCGUUGUCUAUAUGAUUUGUACUCAAGAGAUUCGGUUUUAAAUACUGUAACUAUGGAAACACCUGUGUGUGUCCCAGUGCAUCAUCGGGCGACCAACACUCUCGAAUAUGUUCUCGAAUAUGUGUGGCUCGCGUCACUUUUACCUUUUGUACAAUAAUUUAAUCAAGCAGCUGUCCAGUACUAUACUCGUACUCGAAUGUCCCCGAGCCGUUCAGUUAUUGUUUAAGUCAAAGCCUAAGUGUAUGCAUUCGUUUUAUGUACUUGUAACAUUUGUAACCACCUAUGAUUUAAUUAUUUAUUGUCUUAUUAACACACUCUUAAACAUAUCACAUGCAAAUUACAAAAAUAAAACCGUUUUUGACCACUUUUGUUAACAUUUA